AUGUCCUGCGGUCACACCCUCCGCUCUCGCCUCCGAGACUGCGGCAAGGGGGCCGACUGCAAAGGCGAGCUCUGGAAGCCCGCCUUCAUCGACGACAGCUGCGCCGCGUGUCAUCGGCCCAUGCACCUCCGCGACAACCGCGCCCUGCACGAGGCUGAGCAUGCUAUCCUGAUGGCUGACUAUCGCCAGGCGAAGAACGAUGGUAACGGCGAGGAAAUGCUGCGUUUGCACCGCGCCAUGAUGGCACACACCCGUCUAUCGCGGCUCCGGAACUUUACUGUAAGCUUGACGCGCGAAGAGCCGCUUGGCGAUGUCAAGUGGCCCAAACCAGAGGGAGAAACCGGCAAUAAUGCACACAAUGAUGGUGCUGGCGGCUCUGAAUCAAGUAGCAGAAGCUGA